UAUUUGCAAGUCGAGAGCCGCGCGAGUCAGACGUGCAGCUACAAAAACUACAAACAAGCCAAAACGUAUAACUAAUAAAAUACUCACAAAAGUAAUAAUAACAAAAUCGAACACCAAACCGCAUGCAAAGUUCAUUUGGCUAAUGGAAAAGGCCAGAGUCAAAGCCAAACAAUAUUUGAAAAAACUGCAAAAAAUAAACAAUACAAUGAACGGGAAUAUGUGAAAGUGUUUGCGAAUAAUUAGCGCAUCGAUGCCCGCGUGGCCCACAUCUGCAAAUUGGGCAAAUCUAUAAUUCAUGGGUCGGCUUAACAGGACACGGAUUCGGACUCUGAAAGGGCGGAUAGGGCUCCUGGCCUGUUUGCAUAUGUAAAUACAUAAAGGGUUUAAUCUGCAGGCGAUUGGGCGGCAAACACGUGCUAAACUGUGCCAAACAUAGCCCGCAAACAUCCAAACGCAAACUAAACCAAAAAGUGUAUCUCUGUAUCUGUGUAUCAGUGGAUCUGUGCAUCUGUGUUCCUGUGCAUGUGUAUCUAUGAAUUCUGGCCUAAAAUCAAUUACUAUUUAUUACACGAACAUGCUGCAGCGACUCUAACAACAAAGCCACCAAAAACAAUGCCUCAAUCAGCUUCAACGGCCCCGUGGCUAUGCAAAAUAGCCAUAGCCAUGAUAUUCCUAAUGCUGCAUCCACAUUCCAGCGCUGCCCUGCUACUCAAAUGUCCGCUGCACCAGAUGCAGCUCCAGAAGAUUGUGGGAUUCCGACCGCCGCUCGAUCAUCUAAGCGAGGGAAAUUUGAUCUAUGCACCGCCUCCUGGUAGCAAGUUCAAAGAUCGGGAUAGACGCAGCGGAGGCGUGGAUUGGGAUCGCCGCAGUGCGGAUAAGGAUUGGGAUCGCCGGAGCGGGAAUCAGAAUGGAGACCAGGAGCCGCCGGCUAGUCAGAUGUGCUGGCGCAUCUGCGACGAGGAUCCCGACUGCAUUGCCUAUGUGCAUCUGUUGGACACGGACGAGUGCUAUGGGUAUUCCUACUUUGAGCGCACCUCCCGCUAUCUGGCCAUAUCAGGGGAACUGCCGCUGGUGGCCGAUGCCGAGGCCGUGUUCUACGAAAAGACCUGCCUGAGGGUUCCCGAUGCGUGCAAAGGUCGUCUGUGGGCGCUGACCAAAAUUCCCGGUAGCACGCUGGUGUUUCAGAGCAAGAAGACCAUUUCGCGGCUGGUCACGCGUCGUGAGUGCGCCGAGAGAUGUUUCUUCGAAACCCAAUUCAAAUGCCUCUCGGCCUCGUUCGCCCCCUCGUAUCGGAACAAUCGUGAGCGGUUUCGCAACGAUGUGGGUCCCAGUCCAUCGCCACGCCUGGGGCGGUGCAUGCUGAGCGACAGGGACAAGACCAUCCAGCCAGAUGCCUUCAGGGCGGCGCCCUACGAUGAGGAGUACAUGGAGAACCAGUGCCACGAGCGGGCCAUAGAGAGCGACAACUGCUCGUACGAGCUCUAUGCCAACAGCAGUUUCAUCUACGCGGAAGCCAAAUAUUUGGGCCUAACCCAGAAAGAGUGUCAGGCGCUGUGCUCGCACGAGUCCAAAUUCUACUGCCAGGGGGUCUCCUUCCACUAUGUGAACCAGCUCAUCCUCUCCGAGUGCCUCCUACACUCGGAGGACAUUGUUUCGCUGGGUCCGCGCAGCCUGAAGCUUCGCGAUAACUCAGUCUAUAUGCGACGGGUUAAGUGCCUGGAUGUUCAAGUCUUCUGCACGAGGGAGGAGAUGAGCAUCAGGUACAACCCGAAGGACUGGUUUGCCGGCAAGAUCUAUGCCAGCAUGCACUCGAAGGACUGCCUGGCACGCGGAACGGGCAACGACAGUGUCCUCUUGACGCUACGAAUUGGCAGCGAGGUCAAGGAGAACCGAUGCGGAAUCCUGCGGGCCUAUGAAAUGACGCAGGCAUACCAGAGAACAUUUAUCUCCGCCUUGGUGGUCAUACAAAACAAUCCGAAUGUACAGACCCAAGGCGACCGACUCAUCAAAGUCGGCUGCAUCCAGAGCAACGCCACCGCCUCGCUGGGCGUGUCUGUGCGGGACAGCAGUGUGGACGCCUCGGAGCACGUACCCAGUGCCAUUGCUCUGGAGUCCUCGGUGGAAUAUGCCGAGCACAUGUUUCCCCACGAGGGAGUGGUACACUACAACAGCACCACUGGACCCCAGCCGCAUCCCAAGAUCACGCUCCAGAUAGUCGACCUCUCGCACCAGCACGAAACGAAUGACGUGCAAAUUGGCCAGAAUCUGGAGCUCCAAAUCGUGGCUGAAUACAGCCCGCAUCAGUUGGCCGAGCAUCUGGAGCUGCAGCUGGCCCCACUGCCGGAUUUCCGAGCGACCUCGCUGGUGGCCAAAACGCAGGAUAACGAGAACUACGUGCUGCUAAUCGACGAGCGCGGCUGUCCCACCGAUGCCAGUGUCUUUCCGGCCCUGGAGCGCGUUCGCACACACUCCAGGAGUAUGCUGCGAGCCCGCUUCCAUGCGUUCAAGUUCUCCGGCACCGCCAACGUCAAUUUCGAUGUGAAGAUCCGGUUCUGCGUGGACAGGUGCUCCCCUAGCAACUGUGUGGGCCACAGCAGUGACACCUGGCAUCGUCACAGGCGCCAGGUGGAGCACCCGGAGCGGCAGCUAGAGCAGCUAGAGCAGCGGAGAGUUCAGAAUCCCGUGUACAUCUCGACAGUUGUGGAUGUGCUGCCGGAUUUGCCCACCAACACGACAACACCAACGACUACUCCUCCCAUGGGCAACGCGAGUGCGCAGAUGGAGCUGCCGCUUAACUACAAUCUUCGCGUUCACGGUCCGGACCAGACCAACGCCAACAGUUACAUGUAUGGAGAGCGGGGCGUGCUGCUGAUUGCUGGCAUCGACGACCAGCUGCAUCUGGAUAACGUGUGCAUGAACCAGAGCCUGCUGAUAGCACUGUUCAUUUUCUGGCUCAUCUGCCAGGUGGCUAUGCUCUUUGGCUGCGGCAUGGUGCUGCAGCGGUACAGACGCCUGGCCAAGCUGGAGGAGGAGCGGCGGCGACUGCACGAGGAGUACCUAGAGGCUAGACGCGUGCACUGGGCGGACCAGGGCGGAUACACACUAUAAUUGUCUGGGACGCGUACAAAAUGCAUCUUAAUUUAAUAAACUAAUGCGAAUCUUACAUAC